AUGUUAUUAACUCCAAGGAUAAUUUCGUCGGCCGCAGCUCUAGCAAUAACUUGUGCAAUUUCUGCGGCAGCUUAUUAUUACAAGAGUCGCAGUCUGGAAAUCAAUGAAGUCAUGGUGUUUUGCAAACUACAAUACAACGCGUACAAUUACUUCGAUAAGUUGAUUAGUUAUGUGGAAGCUGCCAAAAAAAGCGUGAAUGUGUGCAUGCCUACCAUUCACAAUCCUGCUAUUCAAGGCCGCUUGGUAUCAUUACUAAAGAAAAAAAACAUCAAAAUUCGAAUCAUUAUUGACCGAACUGGUUAUAACGAAUCUACAGACUUUCUUAUAAAAGAACUUAUUGAUGCUGGUGCUGAAGUAAAGUGUAAACCAAAUGAACCGUUUUACAAGAUGCAGCAUAAAUUCUGCUUAGUUGACGAUAAAAUCCUUAUGACAGGCACGCUGGAUUGGGGUAACGACCGUUCUGCUGAUAACUGGAACUAUGUAUAUAUAACAAAUAAACUUCAGCUUGUCGAACCAGUAAAAAAAGAAUUUUAUGAAUUGUGGAGUCAAUUUUCUAACGAUUUAGAGUCAAAUAGAGUAAAACGUCUUUUAAGCGAUUCUUCUAAUAUAUCAUCUAUUAGUUUUGAUAGCAAAAGUCCAGCAACCGCUUAUGAUGUAACUGAACCUAGUACACGGGAUUUAGCAUUGACUCCUGAAAUUUGUUUACCGUAG